AAGAAGAGGCGGCGGGGGCGUGGAGCUGCCGUCGCUGCCCGCCGGGCUGGUGGCGUGGCUGUGUGGGACGGGCGCCGUUCGUAACCCGCUCUCGGGGCAGCGGCUGGGGCUCGGGGCUGAGAGCGGCCGCGGGGCCGCCCCGGCCCGCGGGCUCCGCCAUGUUCCGAAGGGCACGGCUCAGCGUGAAGCCGAACGUCAGGCCCGGGGCUGGCGCCAGGGGCCCCGCCGCCCCCGCUGCCCAGCGCGGACAGGAGCCUCCCCGGCCGCCGGAGCCGGACGCGGCCGCGAAGCCGGCGGAGCCCGCAGAUGUGCCCCCGGCGGGGCUCGGGGCGCCGCAGCCCCAAGAAAAGGCUCCCAGGAGCAGUGAUGAAAAGCCUGAUGGUGAGAAUGAUGUUGAAGAACCCAGUAAAUGUUCCCCUACUGUUUCACAGAGAAGAAAGCGAAUAUCAAGUACUCCUACUCUGGUUAAGCCUAGUGUCAGCGUUCCUUCAGAACCUCAUCCAUUGGAGAUACCAGUUAAUCAAGCAGUUCCACAGCCAAACUCUGUUCCAACGAAAGAGAAACAGCCAUGCUCAGACAGAUAUCGAAUAUAUAAAGCCCAGAAACUGAGAGAAAUGUUAAAAGAAGAAUUGCGAAAAGAGAAGAAGCAAUGGAAAACCAAGUGUGCCAUAAAUGAAAAUCAGAGGCCACCAGAUCGUUCAAAAAUGACUAUGAGAGACUUCAUAUAUUACCUGCCAGAUAACAAUCCAAUGACUUCUUCACUGGAGCAAGAAAAGAAAAAUGAAAAAUCAUUGACACCAGUCCAGACAAGAGAGCAAGAAGGUAAGAGUACUCCUGAUGCUGGAGAUGAUGACCAAGUAGAGGAAGAGGUGGACGAAGGGCCAUUACUGGUUCCUCGAGUAAAGGUGGCAGAAGAUGGUUCUAUUAUUUUGGAUGAAGAAAGUUUAACUGUAGAAGUUUUAAGGACAAAAGGCCCCUGUGUUGUUGAGGAAAAUGAUCCCAUAUUUGAGCGUGGUUCUACAACUACAUAUUCCAGCUUUAGGAAAAGCUAUUACUCUAAACCUUGGUCAAAUAAAGAAACAGAUAUGUUUUUUUUAGCCAUCAGCAUGGUAGGAACUGACUUUUCUAUGAUUGGACAGCUUUUUCCUCACAGAGCAAGGAUAGAAAUUAAGAAUAAAUUUAAACGUGAAGAGAAAACAAAUGGAUGGAGAAUAGACAAAGCAUUCCAGGAAAAGCGCCCUUUUGACUUCGAUUUUUUUGCUCAUUUGCUUCAGAAAGUUCUUGCUGAAGAAGAGAAAAGAAAACAAAAAUCCGUUAAAAAUCAGAGUUUAAAGGAGAAGAAAUCCUCUAAACCACGAAAAAAUGUAAAAGCAAAAAAAGUUGCCAGUGAAGGAGUGAAUGAUGAUCCAGAUGAGUCUGUGAGCACUAGUAUUCCAGAUACAGAAGGAUCUCAAAAGGAUGCUCAGACAGUUGAAGAAGAACAACAGCCUCUGACUUUGUCAGAACAGGAUUCAGAGCAGAUUGCAUUAGAACCAAACUUAAAUCAAAAGAAAAGGAGAAGGAAGAAUCAGGAUGAAGUUGGUAAACAGGAAGUAAAAAAUCUUUCAGGAAACGCCACUGUUCAACCAGGCCCUUCUAAAGGAGAAAAGCACAAAAAUAAACGUCAGUCUUCAAGGCCUGAGAUAAACGAAGAUGAAGGCAAUACGGAACAGAAGCUGCCCUGCACACAGAACGUAGAUGAGGUUGUGGGUUUAUCCUCCGGUGAAAAGGAUGAGGAGGAAACUGAGCCUGUCCUUUCCUCGAGUCAACAAGAUGCCACGUCAGUAGCAACUGAGACUUCAGGAUCAAGCACUUUAGGUUUGCCUUUAUCAGAGGUGGGAAUGAGAGCACUGUGUGAGGUGCAUAAUGCUGAGAGCAGUUGUACAGAAGGGAGAACUGAUGACCUAAAAAAUAAAUCACUGGAAACUGAUCAAAGAGAAAAUAUUAAACCAGUGGGAAGAGGACGGCUCCAGAGACCUAAACCCAAUUUAUCAAGAGCAGUUGGGAAGAAAUCAGUUGUUUCACGAGGUAAAACAGAUACAGAGAGCGAGAGUUUACACCCAGAAACUCCAGUUGAAAAGAAUCAUGUGGAAAAGGAUAAAAAGAACACAUUUGAUGUUUCUGGAACGGAGAGUGCAGAGAGAGAGAACCCAGAAGCUGAGACUGUAUCUAAUUCAAGUGAAAAAAUUUGUCUGCAGGAAGAUGAUCAACCAAAGGCUUUCAGACCUUCACGGCUAAUGAGGGGCCGAUUGCAGAGGCCAAAGCCAAAUGUCAGUAAAGCUGCUGAAAGAAAAGAAAUUUUUACAUGGCAGGAAAAUAUUGGGGCCAAUGUAGAAAAGAAUGAAAAUGAAUCCUGUGUUGACAGAGAUACUCCUGGACAAACAGAAGAUCAGUCAUGUAAAAGUGUUGAGUGUGAGGACACCACAUCACAGUCUGUGGAAAAAGAUCCUCCUUUUCAGAAUGUGCAGCCAGAUGAGCCCAAGGCUCUUCAUGAAUGUGUGAGUAUUCAAGAGGAUAAUGAAGCAAGUAUACUCAAACAAGUCCCAAUUCUAAAGACUCAAUUUCAGAAACCAAAGCCAAAUGUAGGCAGAGGGACUGGAACAGGAGAGAUUUUCUCAAAGGAAGAGGCGGUUCUUACCUCUGGGGAAAUGACAGCAGCUCUGGGAGAGAUUGCAAGACCGGAAACCUCACCAAGGGAGCAGGUACCAGUGGAGGCUGAUGCUGCUAAGGAGAUGGAGUCAGAUUCGAAAGAAACUGAAAGAAGAGGCAUCUCUUCCGGGGAGAAGAUACCAGAAAUGAUUGACAGCACUGUGGAGAUGGAGACAGGUUUGGAAGAAACUGGAAGAGGGGUUUCCCCAAGGGACAAGGUGCCGCAGGUGACUGAUGCCACGGAGGAAAGAGAGACAGAUUUGGCAGGAAGUGGAAGCGGAGAAACAUUCACACAAGAAGAGGCCCCAGAGGAGGUCAGCACUAUCGGUGACGUGGAGACGGGUUUGGAAGAAACUGGAAGAGGGGUGUCCCCGAGGGACAAGGUCCUGGUGGGGCUCAGUGCCGCAGGGGACAGGGAGGUGGAUUUGGAAGAACCUGGAAAAAGAGACGCUUCCCUGAGGGAAGAGGUCUCGGGAGAGAUGACUGCCGUUGAGGAAACCCAGGCGAGUUUGGAAGAAACUGGAAGAGGAAUUUCCUUGCAGAAAAGUGGAGCAGACGAGAUUAGUACUCCUGGGGAAAUAGUGGCAGGUGUGAAAACCACUGGAAACAUAGACAUUUCUCUAAGGGAAAAUGAACCAGAGGAGCCCGGAGCCUCAAGACACAUUGAGACAGAUUUAACGCAGAGCAGUCGUGCUGACGCCAGCACUCUGCCGUCACUAAAUCUCGAAAACAUUAGCAGUGAAGCCCUAUCCAUGGUGCAUAUAUCUGUAGAAGAGGAAGGAAAUUAUGAAAAGGAAGGAUCAAGUCAGUUGAUUCAUUUGAAGACAUCUUCACAGACUUCUGAACUUGGUAAAACAGAAGACCAAGGGAUGCAAUCUCUAGAUGUUCCAGAGCAGUUUUCAGAUAUUAAUUUAAGCAAAUCUCUUCCUCAAGAACAGAAGCCAUUUGAAGUUAAACCAGCACCUUUUGUGAGAAGUCGAUUCAAAAGACCAAAGCCAAACUUAGCAAGAGCAGCUUUAAAGAGAGAGACUAUGGAAACAGGAAUAUUUGUGCCUGGGAAGAAAUUGGAAACCAGUAAAAUGGAGACUAGUGUGAUGCAACAGAGCACAGAACAGACGAAUAUGCUCCCUUCUCAACACAAUGUGGCUUCCCUAAUGACAUCAAGAGGAAAAGACAAAUCAGGUCACAGGCAGGAGGAGGCUGUGAUAUUAUCAUGUGUGCAGACUGAAAAGGAGCUGUCACCGUCCAGUUUUUGUGAACCUACUGAGGAGUCUCAGGCCACACAAGCCCAGGAAAAGGAACUAGUUGUUUCCAUGGGGACUCAGAAUCUAAACGCUUUCCAACAAGAAAUGAAGGAAAGUGUCAUCCAAACUGCUCAAUCAGUAAGGGGCCGACUUCAGAGACCCCGACCAAACAUAAGAAAGGCUGGACAGAGACAGAGAGUAGGAAAAGGUGAAGCCAACGGCAUAAUUAAGGAAGAAAGAACAAUACUACAAAAAGAUGAAAGUAAAAAGAAAUUCCCAACAGGGGCAAAUUCUCAAAUUGGAACUGAAAUUGAAGUUAUAUCCUCCAAAGUUUCAGAAGGCGGAAUGUAUGAAAAUCAGAGUCACGUGGCUCUUGUAGGAGACCUUCCUGUUAACAAAAUAAACGUUUUAGAUGAAAAGAUGAGACAUGAACAUAAAACAUGUGUUCCCGGUCCAGCACAAUUGAUAAGAAGGCAAUUCCAAAAGGCUAAGCCAAAUUUGGGAAGAGCACAUGGUGGGAAAGAAGCACCAGGUAUAGAAAGAGACGGAGCAGAUCAGAGCAAGGCCAAGAAACUGGAAGAUAAUCUGCUGCAGCAGGGAGACUCUGACGCCCAGCUCCUUCAGAAAGAAAAAGCUGAGUUUCUGACAUCUCUGGAGGUUUCAGCAAGAAAAGAUUGUGUAGGUUCCAAAGAGGCUAGUUUGGCCGAAAAAGAUGCUCAAUCAUCAAGAAAUGUUGGGGAGAAUUCUAUAUCUUCAAUUGUUGAAGAGCAGCAUCUCAGUAAACUAACAAGCUGUCCACUGUUAAGAGAGUCAGAGUACUCUAAGAUUGCUCUGGAUCAAAGAACAGCUGUCUCUUCUGCCUCUGAGUGUUUCAAAGGGCGUAGUGAAAGGAGAAUGCGUCGGAAGAUCAAACCAAAUGUCACCAAAGGGCGCGGAUCAAAACGAACUCGGAGUAAGACCUCUAGGAAGGUACCUAGAGCUUCCAGGGCCACGCUGGUGACUCUUCGGGCUUCCCAGGAGGAAGACGAAGAUGACGCCGAAGACUUUGAGUGUGACUAUGAGGAAGAAAGCUGUCAUCUCGCUCCGGAGGAAGUCAACAAAGCUCCAGUGUUUGUCCCUGUGGGUCUCAGGUCUCCCGAGCCUGUCUCUGCUCAGAUCGAGGAAACCAUGGAAGAGCUUGAAAUAACCGUGAAUGUCCCAGAUGUCGGAUGCAUAGCUGUUGUUGAACAUCAGCUCUUAAACACAGAUGCAACUACUCAGGAAAUGGAACAAGAAGGAAAUUUGAACGCGUUAUCUGUUGAAAUGACCACAGGUGAACAUACCCCAGAUGAAACAGGUAUCAACGAUGGAAGCACCGAAGCUGCCAUAACUUUACUUACAAUGGGAGAUUUAGUGCUGCAGUCGGAGAUCAGUACAGAACAGAGUAAAGGAGUAUGUGUACUUCCUGAUGUUCAUUCAAAGGAUAAAAGCCAUCUUCCUUUUAGCCCAGAUAAUGUAGAUCAUAGAAUUGUUUGUGAAUGUCAGCAGCUUCCUUCACCUAUCAGUAGCACAUCUCCUCCAUCAUUAGAAGAAAACAAGAUUGUAUUGGAGGAACAAAGUACUAAAGAAGAAAGUGGUUUAAUGGAGAAAGUGGAGGAAAACGCCGUGUUGGCCAGGAAUACAACUUCUGAAGUGACCAAUAAUUUGAGAAUGAGAAGUAGAUUUGCCGAGACUAAACCAGAUCUUAAGAUUUUAGGGACCAAUAGGUUUGGUGCUUAUCAGGAAGUUCCCAGUUUGCUUGUAACUAAAGCAGAAGAAGUGGACGUUCAAAGAGAAACUGAGAAAAAUGCUUCUAAGGCAACAGAAUUAGGAGAUAAAAACCUUGGAUCAGUUACAACAGCAGAGAGUAAGGAGCAGAGCAAAUUGGCAUGGGUACAUGGUAUUGAAGAGGCCAGUAUUUCAAAAGAAGCAGAGCUAACUGGAAGAAAUGAAGAUCAAGAAGAGGGGCCUCACGAGGGUCAGAUACUGUCAGUUGCUGCAGUUGUUUCCUCCGAGCCAAGGCCCCACAUGCUUGGCUCGGGGGGAGGUCUCAGUGUGAGUUCUGUGGAAGAGCCCCUGAGAAAGGACUCGGAUGGAGACAGUGUGCUUACACUUCACGUGCCGCAGUGUACACCAGCUAGUAUUCCAGAAGUCCAACAAGAGAAUGUGAUCAGCACUCAAGACCUAACAGUGAAUCUGGUUGCUAACGUACAUCAAAAUGAUGAGGAUGAACAAGCGUUCAUUUUAACUCUGGUGGAAAUUCCAACCAGUGCAGUAGAAGAAUUUACUGAUACCGCCGCACAGUUAACGCCAAGCCCUCUACUGCCAGCGCCCAUAUUGGUCAAAUCAGUGAGCACAGAAGAAAGGGGCGACACGAGUAUGAGUUUUCCAGUAACUUCAAUUGGUCAGAACGCCAUGUGUUUAUCAAAUUCUGGAAGAGACAAUUCUGAAAAACCUCCUGCUAAUUUGGAUCUUAUAUCUAGGAAGAGACUUCAUUGUAGGCUUGAUGAAAGUGACCAUGUUCCUCCUGCCAAAAAAAAUUCACUCACUUCAAGAGACAGUUUUCAAAAAUAUACCUCCGAGGUGUGUUCAAAGGAAUUAAUAAAUGUUUUUGAGGAAACAGGGGAGCCUUCCAGGGGACAAGAUGUCUUCCCUCCCUCAGGAAGCACACAUACAACUCCAGAACCUCAGAAAGAGCAACUUGAACCAGCUUUUCAGAGUCUAGAAUCUAGAUCUCUUGAUAAAAUAACAGACACACAUAUUGAAAAGAAUACCCCUCAGUUACCUCAGGCUGAGAUGAUUGUGUCUGAUAAGGAAGAAAGAACUUGUGCUGCUUCUAAUUCUGAACAAAUGGACAGCAUCACAUCAUCUUCAAAAACCCGACUCUCCAGACCUGGCAGAAGACCCCUGGGAUUUUUGUCUUUAAUAUGUUCAAAGAAUAGUUUGGAGUCUGAUGAACCUACUCAGGUUCAUAGUAAGAAACGCCUAAAACCUCUUAUACCUGUGUCAAGAGAGAAAUUGAGAAGGUCGAAUCCACUCAGUGAAAGCCAGAAAAAACUUCAGGAGUCCUCUGCUCUGCCUCCAUCCCCCAAUGUUGUCAGUGCUCCAUCUGAGAGUGUCGGCAGUUCAGCCGCUCAGGUUUCUUGUGAUCACCCCUUGCCCAAAGAAGAAUGUAAAAGUGGCCAAAGCCGGGCACCUGAAGGGGAGCCAACCACAGUCUCUGAGUAUUUCUUUAGUGACAUCUUCAUUGAAGUGGAUGAAACAGAAUAAAAGUCUUUUUUUUAAAGUCUAGGAUUCCAAAGUCAGUUAUAUCAACAAAGCAGUAGAUGGAAAAAAGAACCCCUGGCUCUUUUUCUCUAGGUUGAUUUUGAAUAUUUAAUGAACUUGAUUUGAAGCUUUUAUUAUCAGUGGAAGACAUUGCUGAGAUUCCUUUCCUUCUGAUUUAUUCCACAUUCUGGAAACACCAAGCAGUUAAGCCUGCUUUCUCAGACAGAGACAGCAGCUCUUGUUUACAUGCUGCCUCUCCGGUGCCGAGCACAGUGAACACUUUGGAGUGUUGUGGAUAGUGUCUCUGUACAUACGCAUCACAGUGCCGACGUGUUUGGAGGUGCAUUGUCCUUAACAGUUAGCCAACUUCUUCUAUGCAGUUUUUCUGUUUGUUUGGGUUUGGUUUUGGAUGAUGAGGGCCUUUUCCGUAGCCUCUCAGUGCGUGAAAGCAGAUUGUGAAACUCCGUGUUAGUGCAGUAAAGGGUAACAACUUCUCUAGUAUCAGCUGUUUGACUGACUGAAAAAUAGGCAUUUUUCUAAUUCAUGUUGAUGUAACAUUAGUCCUAAUCUGAAGAACUAGUAUUUAAACUUAUUAUUUAUAAAGAUAAAACAUCAAAAAGCUUAUUUAUUUUUAAAUUUUUUAUUUAAAAGAAUAUUCAGUUUUAAUUAUUUUCACCCCUCAGAUUAUGGGUAAAGAAGGCAUUAACAAAUUUAUGUUUGUCUCCUUGCCCUCUUUAAUUUUAAAUAUAUUUAAAGUGGUGUGUUUGGAUAGUGUAUAUGUUUUGAAUACAUUUUUUUCUCAUUCUUUAGUAUAUUGACUUUGUACUGUGAAUUUUUUGUUUUUAUUUCUUGGAUAAUCUCAGGAUUUGUAUGGGGAAAAAAAAAAACGCUUAACUUCAUUUAUGAGGCAGAUUUCCAUACAAAACUCAAUGUCCUGUACACACACAUACACUCACACACACAUUCCUUUUUUUAAAAACCAAUUUCUUGAUAGUUUUCCCCCUCCAUUAAAUUCUGCUUAAGGAGCACUUAGGCCUUUAAAGCAUAGAACAUAAUUGUGAUGUUAAAAACAAAAAAUAAGAAAACAAUAAGAUUUUAUUAAGUCAGUGAUCAUCAUCAACAUGAAUUGAAGAGUUAUUUUUAAUUUCAAGAUUUUGUGAUUUACAUAUGUAGUUCUGUUAUCCACCCAAGCAGAUCUUUGGUGGGUCAAAUUAGACUUCUCAAAGAGCAGGUUUACUCUCUCUUUGGAAAGCCGCCUGGGUUGGUAAUACGUUAGAUCAGGAGUCAGAAACGUUUCCUGGGCAGUAUCCUCGCAUUUGUGGGCCGGAAGGCAUCUGUGGCACCUGCUCAGUCCUGCCACUGCAAUGUGAGAACAGGCCCAGACAGUAGCUGAGUGAUGGGCAGGGCUGGACUGCGCUUUGGUUUGAGCCCAGCAGUGGACAGUAGUGUUCUCACCAAGACAUCCUUGUCUGUGAGGUAGUGGUGCCUAACAAUUAAAACUGUGUGGAUUGUAUUAUGAAAUGAUCAGUAUUUCAACUGGGAAGAUAUUUUCAUGUCUAGAUAAUUGUGUUUGUGUAUUGCAAAAAAUGGUGGCUGGCUUUCAGUUCAUUACUAAAAUAGGAUGUGGCUCAGCAAGUAUAACAGUAACCCUAAUUUAUUAAAAACAAUUGAUAUUACAGCAUUUCUUAUUAUUCCCCUAUAGUGAAAUUUACAGUUUAACUUUUUUAUCAUAAAGGAGGAUCUGUAAAUCUGAGUGGAAAUUCUCUAUAGGUAUGCAUUUAUUUAUUUUGUGUGAUUAAUAUGUCACAAAAAUCAUGGUAGUAAAUCACAUUGCUAUUUUAAUGCCCUGUUUUUAUAAAUUUUUUAAAAAUCUCAUAUUCUGAAAAGGUUUCAUGUAAUUAAUGUUAGUUUGGGUGUUAGGCUGCCACAAUCAAACUAUUAUUUUAUCCCUUGUGUAAUAUUUAUUUUUUAACUUUGUUAAUAUCUUUCUCUUGCACAUCUACAACAAAAUAAUUUUAUGGAAGAUGUAACUUCUUACUAUAUAAAGAAUAAUUUUAUCUUUGGGCAUUCAUUGCAUUUGAGAAUCAAGUCAGCCAGCUAAAUUAUCUCACUAUUGUAUCCUUAAAACUAGUCUUGGAAAGAGAAACUUAAUCAGUGUAUUUACCUGACAAGGUGGAAAGAGCUGUUCACACCUGUGUUUAAUCUGAUUCAUGUGAAGAUGAUGUUGCGAAGAAUUUGCAUUUGUAUAAAUCUUAAAGGAGAUAUGAUUAAAGGUCUUUAUUUUUUCUUGGCUUUUCCUCCUGAACACUUACGUCUUAGCAAGUGAUGAACAUGAGGAUUUACAAGCCUAAUUGCUGGUAAAGGAUUGAGGCACAGAUAAACUCGGAGUGCCCACAGUCGGCCACCGUGCUGUUUGAAAUAGAAGUGACCAUGCACACUGUCUCGCUUGAGGAAGCCUGACAGAAGAGCAGUGUCUGUCGUUUGCAAAUUUUCUUGUUCUAAAGAAAGCAGUUAUGUUCUAUAGAUAUAAAUUAUGUAAAUAAAAGUUAUUUUAUACUA